AUGACCUACUCCAGGCCAUCCAGCGACGAGCACUCCAGCAGCUUCCCCGUGGGAUCCAGGGUGACGUACACGUGCAUCGAGGGUGCCCUCAAAAUCCCUGGGCUGCCAGACACGGUGGAGUGCCUGCCUGGCAACCUCUGGUCCAAGCUGCCCGAGCCCUGUGGCCGGAGCUGCACUGCCCCGACCAGGCUGAGGUUUGCUGCCCUGUCCAGGGAGGAUGAGGUGGUUAAUUUCUUUCCUGUGGGCACCAACGUGACCUAUGUGUGCCGUCCUGGCUACGAGAACACCUCGGAGAGCUCCCCCACCAGCACCUGCCUGGAGAACCUGACGUGGUCGGAAGCUGCUGAGCUGUGCAGGAGAAGGUCCUGUGGUGCCCCAGCAGCGCUGCCCGGGGGGAGGACGGUGCCCCUCACAGACCUGCAGUUUGGUGCCCGAGUGGACGUGUUCUGUGAGGAUGGGUACAAAUUAGUCGGAAAUAAUUUCAUCUGGUGCCAGCUGAAAGGAAAGGACGUUGAAUGGAGUAAACUUCCAACCUGUGAAUUAAUUACCUGCUCUGCACCUCCUCAAAUCAGCAAUGGGAAGCAUGAUGGUGAAGGUGUUGAAAAUUUUGCUUAUAACUCAACGGUGACAUACAGCUGUGACCCUGGAUUCCAGCUCCUUGGGGAUCUGAGCAUCCGCUGUACGAGCACGGACAAAACCCACGGAGUCUGGAGUGGAGCUGUGCCCGAGUGCAAAGAGAAAAGCUCAGCUGUCAAACUUGGAGCAAAAGACAUGGAAAGGAGUGUCCCUCUCAAGAGUCCCCAGGGAAGUGGUAUCUCAUCCCCUAAGAAGGUUUUAUCAUGGGAGAAGAAGCUCAGCCUGUAUAAGAAGUCACUCCAAAACACCAUCUCCUCCUCCCAUUCUUUUUCCAUCUCCAAGACACCAGGUCAGUCCUGGAAGCUCAUCUGGAGCUCAGGGAAAUUCAUCAGUGGGACUCCCUGGUUACUCCCAGCCUGGAGUUUUCUUUUUCCCCCAUGUCUCCCUUCAGUGUCCAGGAGCUGUGCUACCUCAGCAUUCAGGUUGGUCCUACCUUUGUACAAAUCCCCAAACCACUCUUCUCCUGGGGCCAGCAAAGGAUCCGUGUGUCCUCCGAAGUACAUGGGGAUCUCCGGCAUUCUCCCCAAAUCCAGCUGCUUUCAGAACUUAAAACGGUCUAAAAUUGCAUCAUUUUGUGGAAGGAGGUCGUGGGCGGCCAGGAGAAGCUGGACGUGGCAGAAGUGCUGCUCCACCACAUUCCCCAUCCGCUGCAAAGGAUUAUUUUACCCAUGACAAGGGUGGACUUUGGCUCUGUGGGACAAGGAAGAUAAAACCACAAGUGGGCUGGGCAUCUCCUAAUCUCACAACAUAAAGGAGCUACUUCUGCUUUCCAGAGGGAGGAAGGCAGCUCAGUAAUGCUGUGAGCACACUAACUAUGCACAGACACAGAAACACAACUGCUGAACAACCUGCCCAGUGUUGUCACACUGCAACAGAGAGACUGGAAAUGCCACGUUCAUAUUGUUGGCUGCUCACCCCAUCUUUGUCCUGUACAAAACACUAAAGCCUUU